AAAUCAAGUAAACGAGAAGAGCUCGCAACAAGUGAAAAUCAAUAUCUAACAUCUAACUUAAAAUUCAUAUCAGUAGAAAGACAAGUUGUAUGAUAACUGAGUAUCUUCCCACACUACAUCGAUAAUAAUUUUCGUACUGCCCUUCGUGGCGUUCCGCUCAUUCGUGCCGCUGCGUUCGGUAAAAAAGUGAGAGGCGAGGUUACCGCAGCACAGAUAACGAGGUUGCAUUUCGCUCGCUAAUAACUAAUCAGUUGUCCCCGGGCUCCAGUCGCGGUAGUACGUCACAAUGGCCAGCGGAAGGAUCGUUGUUUACGGCGGCAGAGGUGCGCUCGGCGCGGCGUGCGUGAAUCACUUUAAAUCUGCAAACUGGUGGGUCGCUAACGUCGAUUUGAACCCGAACGAGACCGCUGACGUGAACAUUACUGUUCCUAAGGACGCUUCGUGGGUCCAGCAGGAGGAACACGUGGUAAACGAGCUCGCGGCCGCGCUGCAAGGUCAGAAAGUGAAUGCGGUUAUUUGUGUAGCCGGCGGCUGGGCUGGCGGCAACGCCGCUAAAGAACUGAGCAAGCAAGCGGAUCUGAUGUGGCGUCAGUCAGUAUGGAGCUCAAGCAUUGCUGCUACUCUUGCUGCCAAGUACCUGGCUCCCGGAGGUUUACUUGCUCUUACCGGAGCUAAGGCUGCAUUGGAAGCCACACCUGGCAUGAUCGGCUAUGGCAUGGCUAAGGCCGCUGUCCAUCAGCUCACAAAGUCCCUUGGAGCCAAGGAUUCAGGUUUACCUGAAAAUUCUUUAGCGGUUGCAAUCAUGCCUAUAACACUGGACACUGAGAUGAACAGGAAAUGGAUGCCAAAAGCGGACCACAGCACAUGGACGCCGUUGUCAUAUGUGGCUCAACUGUUUGAUAAAUGGAUCAAGGGAGAGGACAGGCCGCAAAGCGGCAGCUUGGUGGCUCUCGUCACCAAGGCUAAUGUUACUGAAUUAAUUGUAGAAUAAAAUAAUUUUGGCUCAGAUAUUAUGAUCAAAACUUAUGAAGGAGUCCAAAAAAAGUUAAAUUGUCUUGCCGUACAUAGUAUGUGAAAUAAUAAUAUGUUGCAUUUUAUUUUUGAUGUUAUUAAAUAUAUUUAAAUGUGAUUUGUGAUGUAUACAAAGUAAUAUUAUUAUGAGACAAUAAGGGGAACAAUCUCAAUAAGUAAUAAUGUAAUGAAUGUGUAGUUGAAAUAUUUAUGCAUGUAUUAAAUAUUGUUACACAAUA